UUCAUCGCACUCCUGCCUUGAUGUCCCCCGGCCUUUUGAGAACAUAAAUUUCCCCCUACGAUCCCCUCCUUGCACUGGUGUUCUUUCUCUAGUCGGUGAUUGUUGAAGAAAUCAACAAACAACAAGUGAUUAUUUUGGUAUACGGGAGAGCUAGGCUUUUUUGCAAUCCACAAUGAGCGAGGUAUUUGAAGGAUAUGAGCGCCAAUACUGUGAGCUUUCUGCAAAUCUCUCAAGAAAGUGCACAUCUGCUGUUCAUCUUGAUGGAGAACAAAAGAAGCAGAGAAUUUCUGAAAUAAAAACUGGGCUAGAUGAAUCUGAGGCAUUGAUUCGGAAGAUGGAUCUUGAGGCUAGAAGUUUGCAGCCAGGUGUGAAGACCAUACUUCUUGCAAAGUUAAGGGAGUAUAAAUCCGAUUUAAACAAUUUGAAAAGUGAAGUUAAAAGGAUUUCAUCAACCAAUGCGGGUCAGGCUGCAAGAGAUGAGUUGUUGGAGUCGGGAAUGGCAGAUACGCUGAUGGUAUCGGCAGAUCAAAGAGCGAGGUUGUUAAUGUCUACUGAGAGAUUGAGUCAAUCUAGUGAGAGAGUCAAAGAGAGUAGAAGAACCAUGCUUGAGACUGAGGAGCUUGGUGUCUCUAUUCUUCAAGAUUUGCAUCAACAACGCCAGUCUCUAUUGCAUGCCCACAACACGCUUCAUGGUGUGGAUGAUAAUAUUGGGAAGAGCAGGAAAAUUCUUACUGCCAUGUCAAGGAGAAUGAGCAGGAACAAAUGGAUCAUUGGCUCCAUAAUUGCAGUUCUUGUCCUAGUUGUCCUUUUGAUUCUCUACUUCAAGCUCUUCCAUUAGUUAUCUACUGGUUUGUAAAAACUGUUACUGCAAAUGAUGUUUGCUUUCUAUAGUAUAUGUGCAAAUGACAUUUCAUUUGCAAAAUUCUCCAGUGUGCAAGUUUGAUUUGCUGGUUUGGGCUGCCAGUAGAGGAUUGUUUGUGCUAUGAAUUGUGCAAUAUUACAUUUCAUUAUUUGUCAGCACUAUAUCUGAACUUCAUUUA